AGGGGACAAUAAUGAAGAAUGGUGACUCAAAGAAGGUCUACAAGGCAUUACAGAAACGCAAUUGCUGCAAUGUGAUAGAAUUACCAGAAGAUCUACAAGAGUCAACACCUCUUGAAACCCGGCAUUGAAUGAUCAAGACGCGCCCACGUCGCACCUGUUGUGAUGUGGAUGCGAUGAGACCUCGUCCGCAUGCUUCCAAAAGCACCACCACAUUAAAAGGCGCGUCAAUACCACCAACGAUUACGAUCACGACAUGAAAUCUAAAGUUGUUUAGAUUCUGCAGUAAUUUUCGUCAGAGGAAUGCUAUCAAAUAGGCAGUCCACUGCGCAUGGAUGGUGGGGACGGUCAACAUGCAGUGAACGUGGACGUGCACAGGAUAAGACAGUCACGCUUUCGUGGUCUAGAAGCGAAGGCCUUUUGACCUUGGAGCCAAGUCCCACGUGGAAUGGGCCCCGCCAACGCCACCGACCGGGGACCACUCGGUUGUCCCUACCCGGCGAACGAGGGCUGAGUACACGUCGGCGAUCCGAUUCCGCGUGCCCAGAGACGCGUCCCACCACUACAUGUGACCGUUUGUCGCGCCGUUUAACACUGUUUCCGGUGUCCUCUUUCUUCUCACUAAGCGCGAUAACGAUGCGAAUAUUCCGUGACACAAUUAACGGCGGCGUGACCUGGGUGACGUCAUCGUUUCCCGGGCAGGGCCAACAGCUCCCCCUCAGUGCGCUUAAACUCACCGCGGGCUGUACGUUUUCCCCUGGGUUAAGAUCUGCUGCCAUCAUCUCGAUAUAAACUCCCAUCGCGCCGCCCCCUUCGGUGCGGAGAGGUUCGGAUUCGAGGUUUAGUCGAGCUUAUCAAUUCAGGGUCUGUAUAUAUAUAUCAAUUCAGGAUUGACAUGUGCCCUUCUGCAAUUGAGUCUGUGCCAGUUGGCAUUGACAUUCAUUCACCUGAUGAAGAACUUGUACUGUUCUUGGAUCAAAGGAAACCUGGGGAUGCCACUCCAGACAAUGUUGUCACUGAAGUGAAUCCUUUCAACGUUGAACCAUGGAAUUCUCCUGAAAACAUUUGGUAUCUGUACCAUUCAGGGGCCCCGAGAUCUCCUAAUGGGAACUCUGAAAUGAAAGUAACAAGAUCUGGAUAUUGGAAGCCUACAAAUGAUCUUAAAAUUUAUACAAGUACCUGCGCUAUUGGUAGAAAAAUGACCCUGGAAUUUUAUAGAGGCAAAGAACCUUUUGGAGAAAGAACUGGGUGGGUGAUGUAUGAGUAUCAGGCGGAACAGCAUAUGUCAAAUGGAUAUAAUUCCUCAAAGAAGAACUAUGGUUCCUUGUGUAGAGUCUUUCAGCAAACUGAUAGAAGGACAAAUCAAGAAGAACAUUUUUUUUCUGCUAGUGCAGGUGAUUCUGGUGGUGAGUACAUAGAACGAAUAUUGUUGACCCUUCUAGAGAAAGAAGAGGGCAACUCAUCCUCGAGGAUUUCAGCCAACAAUUCCCAGACUGUCGCUGAGAAAGGUCAGGAGCAAUCAGCAUUGUCCAGCAGGAGGCCUGAUGAGCCUUUACCUGAGAAUUCUAAUGAGAACAUGUUUGGAACUUGUGAUUUUUCAAAUGGAGAAUUCUUGGAGAUAAAUGAUCUAUAUUGUCCGGAGAUACCUUCAGCUAGUUCAGAUAAUUCUAGCCUCAUGUCAGUAAAUUCUGAUGAAUUCUUUGAUACUGAUGCAUUAUUGAGGGAUAUUGAGGCUGACCAUGGUCUUGGAGUAGAAGAAGAGCUUACGUAUCACAGGUUCAGUAUCUCUGGACCUACAGAAUCAAGUCAGGUGGUUAUCAGGCCUUCCCCACCAGGUAUAUCAACUCUGGUCCCCUUCCAUUGUAGUUCAAUUAAUAGAACUGCUGAUCUUGUGAUUGAAGAUAGCAAUCCAGCAAGUUGGUUGAUUAGAAAUGGAGUGACUUCACACCCAGAACAUUCCUCAUCAACUGAUGAGUUGUGGCACGAUGGAAAGGCUUCUACAACUAGUAAAUCUCAGGGCAGUCAGGCCAACCGAAUUGCCGAUACCACACAUAGAUGCAGGACUUUAAAGGGGAAUGGAUUAAAAUCAGUCCGAAAGAUUGCAAAGAUAGGAAGAAAAUACUGUUGCUUCGGAUCAUUUUGAUAUAACCUGCCUCGUCAUACUGGUUAGAGAGGAGAUAGGAGUAUAGUCUUGGGUUUCAAAACCCAGAAACAAACUUCUUGGUAAUGCAAGUGUUUGAUGUUUUAGCUGUAAGCCAACACAAGGAGUUGUAGAGAAGAUUGGGAACUUAAAACACCCCUCUUGAAGUCAACUGGCAAAUCUAAAUUGCAGAUUUCAAAGUGCUACUGCCUGAUGUAUUUAGGUUCCUAGGGUUUAUUUUAUUUGUUUCACGGAAGUCUCAUACAUGUGGUUGGAGUAUAUGCAUCUUGGAAUUCUCUCCACAUUUACCUGUAAGGCAGCAAAUAACACAGUUUUGUACAUUUUGUUGAUAUAACGUGGUUUCUUUUAUCUUAAACAAUUGCAUUGUUCAAUCAAUAAUUGCAUAUAUACACAUUGAUUUCAUCUGA